CGAGGCGGUGGGCUGAGCAGCGGAGUUCCAGGGCCUGCGAGAGACACCGGGAGGGAAGCGAGUGCGCGCUAAGGCGUUUUAGGAGACACAACUUUUGUAUGCGUAGGUCCAGGAGCUGAGAAGGGUACAGCGCACCGCACCUGCCGCCCGACCCGCUCGAGGUAACCGGCACGAUUAAACAUUGACUCCAUUUGGUGGCCCUCAGACUGGCGGCUAAUCACAGUGAUGAUGGUCACAACACACACAUCACAGUGAUGAGAAACGGUACGACCCCAUGACAGGAUGUCGGAGGAGGUGAUUGUCGUGGCCAAGUGGGACUACACAGCCCAGCAGGAGCAGGAACUGGACAUCCGGAAGCACGAGCGCCUGUGGCUCCUGGACGACUCCAAGACCUGGUGGAGGGUGCGCAACGCCUCCAACCGCACGGGCUACGUCCCCUCCAACUACGUGGAGCGCAAGAACAGCCUGAAGAAAGGGUCUCUGGUGAAGAACCUGAAGGACACUCUGGGUCUGGGGAAGACGCGUCGGAAGGUGAGCGCUCGUGACGCGUCUCCCACGCCCAGCACAGAUGCCGAGUUCCCGUCGAACGGCGGCGGUGGCAGCGGCGAACGCAUCUACGACCUGAACACGCCCGCCGUGGCCAAGUUCGCCUACGCAGCAGAGCGCGAGGACGAGCUGAGCCUGGUGAAGGGCGCGCGCCUGCUGGUGAUGGAGAAGUGCAGCGACGGCUGGUGGAGGGGCGUCUGCGACGGCCACGUGGGCUGGUUCCCCUCCAACUACGUCCAGGAAGACGAGGAGGACGAGGUGGCCGGAGGGGGCAGGGCCAGGGACCCGCCCGCCUCCCGCCCGGCCCUGGCCAAUGGCGCGCGCGUGCUGCACACUGUCCAGACGCUCUAUCCCUUCAGCUCCGCCCUGGACGAGGAGCUGAACUUCGAGCGCGGGGAACUGAUGGAGGUCUUGGAGAAGCCGGAGAACGACCCUGAGUGGUGGAGGUGUCGCAACUGCCAUGGCCACGUGGGUCUCGUGCCCAAGAACUACGUGACUGUGCUCGGCGACGGGCCAGCGGAGGGCGGGGCUGAGGAUGGGCCCCGCCCCCAGCAGCACACCAGCCCCGCCCACACAGGGAAGUUUGGCGGGAAGGAUUGGUACUACGGCGCGGUGACGCGGCACCAGGCCGAGUGCGCGCUGAACCAGAAGGGCGUGGAUGGGGACUUCCUAGUGCGUGACAGCGAGUCCUCGCCGAGUGACUUCUCCAUCUCUCUGAAGGCGGCGGGUAAGAACAAACACUUCAAGAUUCAGUGCAGCGAGGGCGUCUACUGCAUCGGCCAACGUCGUUUUUGUACUAUGGAGGAGCUGCUGGAGCACUACAAGAAGGCUCCCAUCUUCACCAGCGAGCACGGCGAGAAGCUCUACCUGGUCCGGCCCCUCCCGUGACCCCUCUCCUGACGGGGGGACCCCCUCCAGUGCCAAACGUGAGCCAGCGGGCGUUCUGCGACUACAGUGCCACCAGGACGACUCGGACCCGUCGGCGCGCUGCCGUGUUUGAUGUCCUCUUUUUCUCUUCUCUUGUUCACUUCUCUAAAGAUUCUCUUUUGUUUCUGGACCUCUCAGAGUUGGUAAAGAUGUACGAAAAUAAAAUCUCGCCUUCACAAAGCGUUGAAAGAGCUCGCACGUCUCGCCUUGGCUGGCUAGCUCCUUCUGUACUUAAAAUAUUUCUGUCAGGACACAAAGGAGACCUGGUACACGCCUCUGCAGUAGUGUAACGUAGUAGUGUCGUUUUAGAGGGUCUCUGUUCUGUUAUCAGCUCUGACAGUAGGACCUGGCGGUAAUGAUACCACCUCGAGGGGCUACGCAGCCCAGAGGAAGUACAGGAUACUGUAUCUCCAGUGCCAGAAAGACGCACAGACGCUCAGGAACUGCUGCCCCCUGCUGGACAUAAGUGGAAAUGCCGACCAAGAGGCCUGCUGGUCAAAUGAGAUGAAUGUCAAUAAAUACUCAACCAAACGUGCCCCUCACACACGCACCCAUUAUGUGUAAGGGCAUCACACUCCACUGUCCACACGUUUCGUCCCUGCUACCCUGGACACAGUCAUAAAGGGGACGAUUACAAGACUCCUUAUUCUGUUCAGUUAUGUCUAGGUACACUUAUUUCCAAGCUUUUUAAAAGUAUAUGUAAUAGUGUCAUAGAGCAUUGUUAUUUAAAUUCCUGUUACAGCGUUAUGCCUAUUUAAACAAGAGAUUAAAGUGAAAAUACCAGACAUUUACUAAGCACUGUACCAAUGACAGUUGUGUUGGAGGUCAAGAGGCCUUUGUUUAAUUAAACGUUUUGCAAAA